UCGCCAAGGUUUAUCAACACUGGCCGGGCUGUCAACUUGGCUCAGAAAAAAACAAGAAAAUUUACAAGUCAUCGACAAGAGUAUACGCGAAAAGAUCGGCAAUUUAGUGAUUUAAACAAAGAAGUACAAGUCAAAAAAGAGCCGGAGUACUAAAUAGACAUGGCACAGACUUUGGAGGACAAGUCUAUAUGGGAGGAUGGAGAAGAGUCGCUGGGUGAGGAGGUGAUGCGUAUGUCCACCGAUGAGAUUGUGAGCAGGACUCGCCUGAUGGACAACGAGAUCAAGAUCAUGAAAAGCGAGGUGAUGCGAAUCACACACGAGAUUCAGGCACAGAACGAGAAGAUCAAGGAUAACACCGAGAAAAUAAAGGUUAACAAGACGCUACCUUACCUGGUGUCAAAUGUCAUAGAGCUGCUGGACGUCGACCCGCAGGAGGAGGAAGAUGACGGAUCAGUUACGGUUUUGGACAACCAACGCAAGGGCAAGUGCGCCGUCAUCAAAACAUCCACGCGUCAGGCCUAUUUCCUGCCCGUCAUCGGUCUCGUAGAUGCGGAGAAACUGAAGCCCGGAGACCUUGUGGGUGUCAACAAGGACUCUUACUUGAUCCUCGAGACUUUACCGGCGGAGUACGAUGCCCGUGUUAAGGCCAUGGAGGUCGACGAGAGACCCACAGAGCAGUACUCAGAUAUCGGUGGCCUCGACAAGCAAAUCCAGGAGCUGAUCGAGGCGGUGGUACUGCCUAUGACCCACAAAGAAAAGUUCAAGAACCUUGGCAUUCAUCCACCCAAAGGCGUUUUACUUUACGGCCCACCUGGAACGGGAAAAACUCUACUGGCUCGUGCCUGCGCCGCCCAAACGAAGUCAACUUUCCUCAAGCUGGCCGGCCCGCAGCUGGUGCAGAUGUUUAUUGGAGAUGGUGCCAAGUUGGUGCGCGAUGCCUUCGCUCUGGCCAAGGAAAAGGCACCCGCUAUCAUUUUUAUUGAUGAGUUGGACGCCAUCGGUACCAAGCGUUUCGAUUCUGAGAAGGCCGGUGACCGUGAAGUGCAGCGUACCAUGUUGGAGUUGUUGAACCAACUGGAUGGCUUCAGCUCCACGGCAGACAUCAAGGUUAUUGCAGCCACCAAUCGUGUGGAUAUUCUAGAUCCUGCACUGCUGCGUUCCGGUCGUCUGGAUCGCAAGAUCGAGUUCCCGCAUCCCAAUGAGGAAGCUCGCGCCCGCAUUAUGCAGAUCCAUUCUCGCAAAAUGAACGUUAGCACCGAUGUCAACUUUGAGGAGCUCUCGCGAUCGACGGACGAUUUUAAUGGCGCCCAGUGUAAGGCUGUGUGCGUCGAGGCCGGAAUGAUCGCUUUGCGCCGGUCCGCCACCUCGGUGACGCAUGAAGACUUCAUGGAUGCUAUCAUGGAGGUGCAAGCGAAAAAGAAAGCUAAUCUUAACUACUAUGCUUAGGAAACAAAUUUGCAGUUUAACUCCACAUUGCCCGCUUCUAUAAUAAACCAUGAAACUUUAAUAUCAAAA